AUGAGAAAUUUGGAGCGCCAAAUGGGACAACUUAUCAGUGCCCAAAAUUCUCUACCAGUUGGAGCUCUUCCAAGUGACACUGAGGCUAAUCCUAAGGCAUCUAUUAAUGUUGUCUCAUUGAGGAAUGAGAGACAAUUAGAAGAAGUCCAAUCGAAAAAGAGAAAACAAGUGACCUUUAAUGAGAAGCCGGCCACUAUAGAGUUAGAAUCAGAAAAAUCAAAGGAGUCCGAGAAGCCAGUUGAAGAGGCGGUGGCUAAGGAACCCCCACCAUCAGUUGCGAGGCCACCACCUUCGUUCCCUCAAAGAUUGAAGAAAGUGCAAAUAAAUAUUCCACUGGUAGACAUCCUGCAAGAAGUGCCCAAAUAUGCAAAAUACAUCAAGGACAUAGUGGCAAAUAAAAGGAGUCUAACUGAAUUCGAGACUGUGGCACUCACUAAGGAAUGUAGCUCUACAAUCCAAAGCAAGCUACCUCAGAAAUUGAAGGAUCCAGGUAGUUUCACUAUCCAAAUCUCGGUUGGUAAGCAUGCAGUCGGGCGAGCUUUGUGUGAUCUUGGAGCGAGCAGCAAUCUGAUGUCGCUAUUUGUGUUUAGGCAGUUGGGUUUGGGUAAUCCGCGCCCAACAAAUAUGAUCUUACUGUUGGAUGAUCUCUCCCUUGCUCAUCCGGAAGGAGAUGUCCCAUUUGUUUUGGGGCAUCCAUUCUUAGCCACAGGCGAAGCUAUUAUUGAUGUAUGCGAAGGAAAGAUGACGAUGAGAGUAGGUGAUCAAGUGGAGGUAUUUAAUGUGUACAAAGCACUCAGAUUGCCAGCCCACUAUGAAGAGCUAUCCAUAAUUUCUGAAGUGGAAAGCAAUGCUAUGUCAUCGGUGCCUUAUAUGAGCCCCAUAGAUCCUUUUGAAAGAGCUUUGAUUGGGAAUGAGGAAGACAUUGAAGAUAUGAUGAUGGGCAAAAUUUAA